AUGGCCGCGAUGUGUAGGGCCGCCGCGAAGCAGCUCGUCGACCGGGCCGUCGGAUCCAGGGCCGCGCAUACGUCCGCGGGCAGCAAGAAGAUCGUGGGCGUGUUCUACCAGGCCGGCGAGUACGCCGACAAGAACCCCAACUUCGUCGGCUGCGUUGAGGGCGCCCUCGGCAUACGCGACUGGCUCGAGUCCAAGGGGCAUCACUACAUUGUCACCGACGACAAGGAGGGGUUGAACAGCGAGCUGGAGAAGCACAUUGAAGACAUGCAUGUUCUGAUAACCACCCCAUUCCACCCAGCCUAUGUUACUGCAGAGAGGAUCAAGAAGGCAAAGAACCUUGAGCUGCUUCUCACUGCUGGGAUUGGAUCGGACCAUAUUGAUUUGCCAGCUGCUGCUGCUGCAGGCUUGACAGUGGCAGAGGUCACUGGAAGUAACACUGUCUCUGUGGCAGAAGAUGAGCUCAUGCGCAUCUUGAUUCUGCUCAGGAACUUCUUGCCUGGCUACCAACAGGUCGUUAAAGGUGAAUGGAAUGUUGCAGGCAUUGCCCAUAGGGCUUAUGAUCUUGAGGGGAAGACCGUCGGAACUGUCGGGGCAGGUCGUAUUGGCAGGCUCUUACUUCAGCGCCUUAAGCCCUUCAACUGCAACCUGCUCUACCAUGACAGACUUCAGAUUAACCCAGAGCUUGAGAAAGAAAUUGGGGCGAAAUUUGAAGAGGACCUGGAUGCUAUGCUUCCAAAGUGUGAUGUCAUUGUGAUAAACACACCUCUUACUGAGAAAACUAGAGGCAUGUUCAACAAAGAAAAGAUUGCAAAGAUGAAGAAAGGUGUAAUCAUUGUGAAUAACGCUCGGGGAGCAAUCAUGGAUACCCAGGCAGUUGCUGAUGCUUGCUCCAGCGGUCACAUUGCUGGAUAUGGAGGUGAUGUCUGGUUCCCCCAACCCGCACCCAAGGAUCACCCAUGGCGCUACAUGCCUAAUCAUGCAAUGACCCCUCACAUCUCUGGGACUACAAUUGAUGCACAGCUGAGGUACGCGGCUGGAGUGAAGGACAUGUUGGAUAGGUACUUCAAGGGCGAGGACUUCCCCGCGGAGAACUACAUCGUCAAGGAAGGCGAGCUCGCCAGCCAGUACAAGUAG